ACGCGCAUCCGCGGAACAUGUCGGCAUCCGAGACAACGACGAAGGAGCCUCCUGAAAGAAAUGACUCAAAAACACCAGCAGAGUCAUUAUCUGGACCAAGUCAAGUAAAGGAAGAUAAUGCAGCCUCCACCGCAGCUGCUGUUGCCAAGAAGACAGAGCCUAUGGGUGGUAUGUCAUCACUGUUGUUAUCUCAGCAGCCUGGGAAAGACACAUCUAGAGCUGGAGAGGAGGGAGAUAAAUGGUCACCUGCCGCCUCCCCAAACAAACCUGCUGCAGGUCACGCAGCAAAGUCCAUUUCAUCGACAGCCCCCUCUUCGUUGUCAUCUCCUUCUACAUCUUCAACAUUGUCCCCUGGCCGAGCAAAGAUGAGUGUUUCCGGACCUGGCAGUAGUAAAUCCGUCCUGGCACCUGCUCCUUCCUCCUCCUCUUCUUCCUCUUCCUCCUCUUCCUCUUCUUCGUCCUCUGCCACAGCUUCCUCAUCUCCAUCUGUCUCCCCUGGCCCACCCAAGAUUCAUCGGGCCCGCAAGACCAUGAACAGGCCUCCACCAGGGCAGAUGAGCCAUGUUGAGCGACCUGUUGCGUCAGUGACACCCUCAGGAUCCUCAGACUCUGAGACUGUCGCAAAAAGGAGAAAACUGGGUCAUUCAUCUAACAGCACACCAGAGAAGUCUGAGAACGUUCCAGAAAAUGCUCAAACUAUGGAAGAAACAUUAUUCCAUAAAAAGGUGGAGUCUGUCGCUAAGACUGCGCCAGAGAAGAGCAACAGCGGUGUGAGGAAGUCAGAGGAGGAGGUAGCAGAGAAAAGUGAGAUUUCAAGUCCGUCCACGCAAGAUUCAGAAAAGUUUGAAGAUGCAGAAUUAAGGCAGCACACUAAAGACACAGAGGGGUCAGUGAACAUGUCAGAUCAUGGUUCAGAGUCUGGGACACCGAGAGCUGUCAAUAGUAGAAAUGAAAGCGAGGAGUCUUCAUGGCCGCUGUCAGACCAGGACAGAGAGAGAAACACAGCUGAUGUGGUGGAGACAGUGGGAGCAGGAAGGUCCAAUGAAUACACGGAGGUUCCCCUGGGCGCUCUGGACAUCGCUGCUGCAGACAGUCUGACACUUUCUCCUCAUCAUGAAGGAAGCGAUGCAGGAGACACAGAGCGGCUGGAGGAGCUUCCUCUGUGCAGCUGCAGGAUGGAGGCUCCUCGAGUCGACAGCACUAGCCAGCGUAUCAGCAGACAGUGUAUGGCCACUGAGAGCAUCAAUGGAGAGCUGAGGGCCUGUACCAAUCGGACCAUUAAAGGAGAGACCAUGCGGCCGUCGAGUCGAGUGCCCCUCAUGGUGCUUUGUGACGUCCAUCGCUCGCACAUGGUCAAACACCACUGCUGUCCUGGGUGUGGAUACUUCUGCAUAGCGGGCACAUUUCUCGAAUGUUGCCCAGACCAGCGCAUUGCUCACCGUUUCCACCGGGGUUGUGUGACAGUGCUUGGCGGCGGACGCAGUAGAUCAAACGGCGGUGGCAUGCUUUUCUGUCCCCAUUGCGGCGAAGAUGCCUCCGAGGCCCAGGAGGUCACGAUCCCCUCCUUCAGCUCGGCCACGGCCUCCGCAACCACUGUCGUCACCAUGUCAGCCUCCUCUACCACCACUCCGUCUCUGCCGCCGUCUGCCCCUACGGCGCCCUCCCUCACAGCCUCAACAGGAGGGAUGAAGGACGGGAAGAUGCCUGAAAGGCCUGUCAGCGCCCGGAUGCGUAGCCAUGGCUUGAUAACACUGGCAGUGGAGCAGCAGCAGCAGCAGCCCCAGCCCCCACAGACUGUCGCCAACGUCCCCCCAGCUGAAGAGGGGGUGGACAGUGUGGGACCUUCUCUCUGUAUGCCAAAUGGGAAACCCAUCAGUCCCAGUGCACUUCCACCUGGGCCCAGCAGGGCGGCGCUGCAGAAGGCCAUUCUUACACAGGACACUGAGAGGAGGAAGAAACUGAGGUUCCACCCCCGCCAGCUUUACCCUGCUGCCAAGCAAGGAGAGGUGCAGAGAGUACUGCUCAUGCUGAUGGAGGGCAUAGAUCCAACAUACCAGCCGGACUCUCAGAACAGGCGCUCUGCUCUCCAUGCCGCAGCUCAGAGAGGUCUGAUGGAAAUCUGCUACAUACUCAUACAGGCUGGCGCUCAAGUGGAUGCCCAGGACAAAGACCUGAGGACUCCUCUGUUGGAAGCAAUCAUCAACAAUCACAUUGAGGUGGCCCAUUACCUCGUCCAGAACGGUGCCUGUGUCUAUCAUAUUGAGGAGGAUGGGUAUACUGGACUUCACCACGCAGCCAAGCUGGGAAACCUGGAGAUUGUCAACUUGCUUCUGGAAACGGGGCAGGUUGAUGUGAACGCACAGGACAGUGGCGGCUGGACCCCAAUCAUUUGGGCUGCAGAGCACAAGCAUGUAGCGGUGAUCAAAGCGCUGCUUAACAGGGGGGCUGAUGUCACCAUUAAUGAUAAGUCCUCUCCCUCCCUUCAGGAGCUGAACGUGUGUCUCCACUGGGCGGCGUAUGCAGGUAAUGUAGACAUCGCAGAGCUCGUGUUGAACUCUGGCUGUUCGCUCAGCUCGGUUAACAUGCACGGAGACACCCCGCUCCACAUCGCCGCCAGAGAGGGUUACUUGGAAUGUGUUACGUUGUUCCUGUCCAGAGGUGCAGACAUUGACAUCAUGAACAGGGAAGGAGACACGCCUCUUAGCCUUGCGCGGGCCGACACGCCAGUGUGGGUGGCACUCCAGAUCAACAGGAAACUGAGAAGGGGAAUAACCAAUCGUAUGCUUCGGACUGAGAGAAUCAUCUGCAGCGACAUUGCGCAGGGCUACGAGAACGUACCGAUCCCCUGUGUGAACGCAGUAGACGACGAGGGCUGUCCUUCAGACUACAAAUAUGUUUCAGAAAACUGUGAAACUUCAGCAAUGAACAUAGACCGCAACAUUACACACUUACAGCACUGCAGCUGCACUGACGACUGCUCUUCUAGUAACUGCCUCUGUGGACAGCUCAGUAUCCGCUGCUGGUAUGACAAGGACCAGCGGCUGCUCCAGGAAUUCAACAAAAUUGAGCCUCCUCUUAUAUUUGAAUGCAACAUGGCGUGUUCCUGUUACCGAACAUGCAAGAACAGGGUGGUGCAGGCCGGCAUCAAAGUUCGUCUUCAGCUCUACAGGACAGAGAAGAUGGGCUGGGGAGUUCGAGCUCUGCAGGAUAUUCCCCAGGGGAGCUUCAUCUGCGAAUAUGUUGGGGAGCUCAUCUCUGACGCAGAGGCAGAUGUUAGAGAAGACGACUCCUACCUGUUUGACCUGGACAACAAGGACGGGGAGGUGUAUUGUAUAGACGCCCGAUACUAUGGCAACAUCAGCCGAUUCAUCAACCACCUGUGCGACCCAAACCUCAUCCCUGUACGUGUGUUCAUGCUGCACCAGGACCUGAGAUUCCCCCGCAUCGCCUUCUUCAGCUCCAGAGACAUUCUCAGCGGACAAGAGCUGGGAUUCGACUAUGGAGACCGCUUCUGGGACAUUAAGAGCAAGUAUUUCACCUGUCAGUGUGGAUCAGAGAAAUGCAAACACUCAGCUGAGGCCAUCGCCUUGGAGCAGAGCCGACUGGCUCGACUGGAGGCUUGUCCGGAAUCGGGAGCAGACUGCGGGAUGACGAUGCUGGGAAACUCUUAAAACACUUACCACGGGGCCUUUGGAUUAACAUCAUUGAUUUCAAUUGAAAGACACCUUGAGGGUUUUAUCAUGUUUAAGAUUCUGAUUUUGAUGCAUGGUGCUGUUUUUUCUACUUGAAAUACCCUUUUUUUUCUCCCAGACUGGCCACCUUAAAGCUGAUCAUUUCCCCCUCUGGUAGAGGGCAUGGGCCUUAACAUACUUUUUAACUGUUUGGGCAUAAAACACAACAACCUGUGUUUCUGUACAUAUGGUAUGUUUACUGUACAUCACUAUGUUUGUUUGCCUUGACACAUGAAGUGAGUCUGCCAUCAUGUUACUGUCAUACAUACGUAUUUUUUUUCUGUUGUGCCAAAUUAAAUAACGCAGUGCAUUUUUGAUACAGUACAGUAAUGGGUCAACCCUUAGCCCAUCCUGGACUCAGUAAGGACCUGAGGGACAGUGUUGUGUUUUAAUGAUUGUUAGCUUUAUUUUCUUUAUUUUUAUACGCGCUGUUUUCUUUAUCAGAUUUAGUGUAAUAAAUUAGUCCAUGAGAUGA